AGACGAUAGUAGGCCUAUUGGACAAAGCGCUAAGCCGCUAAGGCAAAGGCUGCUAUCAAAUUAUUUCAAGAUACACCAUCCUUGGACCAUUGUUCAUUAAGUGAAAGAUUAUUUACUUAACUGAUUGAAACACAAUAAGUAGAUGACAUAAAAGCUUUAUUAUGGACUGAUCUAUUUGGAUAUAUAGCAUUGAAUAAGUAAAACAAGCCCACCCCAGCAGCUGAAUUUUGAAUUUUGUAGACGAAACGUUUAAAAAAUGGCAGCGCAGACGUUUCAACAGGAGUAUAUGCAAAUGCCACCAGUAACUAGGGCAUAUACAACUGCAUGUGUUCUUACUACUUUAGCUGUUCAGCUUGAUUUAAUCAACCCCUUUCAGAUAUAUUUCAACCCUGAUUUAAUAUUUAGGCACUUACAGUUAUGGAGACUGGUGACAAGUUUUUUAUAUUUUGGGCCAAUUGGCUUCAAUUUCCUGUUCAACAUGAUAUUUGCAUAUCGCUACUGCCGUAUGUUGGAAGAAGGAUCCUUUCGUGGGAGAACAGCUGAUUUUUUUUUCAUGUUUUUGUUUGGUGGUUUUUUUAUGAUUAUUAUGGCUUUUUUUGUAAACCUUGUUUUUCUAGGAAGUGCAUUUACUAUUAUGUUGGUUUAUGUUUGGAGUAGACGUAAUCCUUACAUUCGGCUGAAUUUCUUUGGUCUUAUGAACUUUCAAGCUCCGUUUUUGCCUUGGGUUCUUUUAGGAUUCUCUUUGUUGCUUGGGAAUUCUAUUAUCAUUGAUUUGAUGGGUAUUGCAAUAGGUCAUGUCUACUUCUUUUUAGAAGAUGUCUUCCCUCAGCAAAAUGGAAAUUUUAAAGUGCUCAAAACUCCGGGAUUUUUAAAAUUGUUGUUGGACCCCCCACCCAACCAAGAGGACUACAAUCCACUGCCUGAAGAAGCUGGUGGGUUUAACAGAGGGCUGGGACCUGGCCCAGAGGACCAACAGUGAUCAAAGGCUGUUUCAACUCUGCUGACAGGUUUCUCAUCUUGUCCUUCACUCAGCUCUUGAUGUAUUAUUCAGUGUGCUCAUCUUCAGAUGGCUUGCAUUGAAAAUCUCAUCAGGAUUGACUCUGUGAAUUGUGUUCCCUAUACUUACCUUAUGUCAAGUUAUGUUUGAAUGUAUCAAAGAAGUUGGUCAAUCACUUGGCAGCUUUCUUAAGUUGUAUUUCUUGUAAAAGUUGUGUUCAACCUGGUUUCAAUAAUGUUGUAUCUGGUCAUUUCCAAGUGCUCUGAACAAAACAUAAACUACUGUUAUAAUAACAAACAUUUGACCCCUGUUUGUAGUCCUGUUUUGCUCCCCUCUAAUGUGUUUUGGUCAUGCUUUGAUGACCAUUUCAUAUCAGAUUUUGAUGAGCAUGCUAGCAAGUAUAACAUCUCUAUACAUUAGUCGUCCUUGAUAAAUCUUUUGAACUGAGCAUGUUCAGGGGGGCAUGUGCUUCAACUUUUCCACCAUGUUUUGUUGGCAUUUAUUUUGACCAAAUGUUAAAAAAAUAAAAUUUGACUAAACAAACUUACACAAUUGGAAUUAUUUUAAAAAAUUUGAUCUCCUUUUAUUUGAUCCUGGUCCCAUCUAUCUCCACCAUGAUGUGGCUGGUGCUUGACAACAGUACAAGGAACUCUAAUCUGCUGAUGCCAUUUGUCUGUGAUGUUCAAAUCCCCAGUCUUGUGGGGGAUUAUUGAUUUCUUGCUAUUGUUGACUGCAUAGAUCUAAUUUGUUUUAAUCACAUUCUAGUUCAUUCUUGAUCAUUUUCAACAUAAAACAGUGAAUAAAGAAGUAUUAUAAGGCUAUUUUUGUAUUCUACACAUAAACUAGAAAUCAUAUCUGUAGAAGCUUGCUUUUAUUUAAAAAGAGUAUGCGUUUUUUUUUCUAUUUAAUAGCCUUUAAUUUUCUACUUGAGCUUCCAAAACAAGUUAGCAAGAUUUGGAGUAGGCAAUAGAAAUAAAUACGAAUGCAUGUAUUGUAAGUCCAAUAUUUGUCAAUGUGUGUCAAAACAAUGUUGUAUUGAGGCGUGUUGAUAAGUUUUGACAGAUAGAUUGUAAAUAUAUAGUUUAUAAAUUAUUUGCCCCUUUUUGUUUCUUUAUUUUUAUGUGACAUAAUAGUUUAUAAAGUUAUUUGAAGUUUUUUAAAUUUCUCAUUAAUAUAAAUAAAAAACAUAACUGCAAAAUCUACAGAAAAUUGCAGUUUUGUUUAAUUAAUAAUUUAUUAAAGUUUUGUUUUGACACAAAAAUUCUUAAAAUCCGAGUUAUUGAUUGAUUUAUAAUUUUAAUCCUCCUGUCAUAGAACAACACAUUCAACAAGUCAGUUGUGUUCUUAGCCUUGUGCACACCUACAAUUAUUUGUGGGUUUGUGUUGUCUAGUAAUUCAACUUUGGCCAUUUCUAAUCAAUGAAAUGAUUCCUUUAAAGUUCUUUUCCAAUAAAUUAAUUUUUGUUGAAAGGGGAAGAAUGUUAUAAUGUUAAAUUUUUGUAAUUAAAAAUUUAUUUCCGA